CGGGAAGGCUUCGCGACCCCGCUUGCAGGUCCCUGCCGAACGCUCAUGCAGAGAACAGCUAGCCGAGGUCAAACGGAAAAUCUCCGAUCUGGCAGUAGGUUGGAUCAAGCGACUAGCGGUCGGCAACUACUGACUGGACUGUGCUUGUCCUUUGAGAGCGCAACAUGCCAUCGCUCCCGGAGGAGACGGCUCGUGAAGCCUCUCAAUCAUCGCAGCAAGUCUCUUUGCUCUGUCACAUGUCGCUUGUUUCCGUCCGUGCAACCACGCGCGGUCCAAUUUCAGACCAAGUUCGCAGAUGCAGAUAAUGUCGAACGUCAUCGAAGGUCCUCCAUCCUUGGCUCGUUCGCUGACCUAUGAAGGCAACGGACACACAGCUGUCACGGCGAACCGUGUCGCUUUAGCCGUGGGCGGGCACGACGCCUUCCGAUCGUACUUCCUCAAGCUUUUGCGCGGACUUUCUUGAUUGGUCUCGUACAGAGAUCGGGCGCCACCCCGCCACCCCAGACACUUGCUCUCGCAGUCCCUCUCCUCUACGGCGUUCAAGCUCGACUAGGUUGCUGUACAGCUUCACGAUUGAUUUGUUCUGUAGCCGGACGGACAGACAGCAGCCAUUGGGAGCUGCAUCAGCUCGACUGCGCACAUGGCGGCGAUUAUAAAUCUUGCAGGUGCUCAACCCUGACGUACCUUCUACUUUGAUUGCCAUCAGAAGGGACUUGUGAUAGCAUGUGCUCAUUUGCCGCGCUCACGAGUCGUGAGUGGAAAGGGCUUCUCGGUCGCCUCUGGAUGGCGUGCCCACAAGUCGCCGCGAUGCUGGCGACUAGGCACCUUUGAAAGUCCGACGUCCCUGUAGGCACGAAAUAAGACUCGUGACUGUCAGGCACGCGACGUUGAGUCGCCACCUAUAUAUCCUCAAGCAUGGGAGCAAGAACCAGUGGAGCCGAUGGAACAAUCCUCUAAGCGAGGCCAUGGAACUUCGGCAAAAUCCAAGCGCAGGGACGAAAAAUCGUCCCACAAUUUUGAAUCGAAUGUAAUGGUUCAAUUUCAAAUUACGGAUUUACGCACACAACAGUCAAAGAAUCACGACUGGUUCUUGGAAUUUUCCAAGAUAGACGCCUCAGUUGCAUGAAUUUAAUG